CUCGCGUCGUCCUUACCGGCUGUGCCAGUCCCCGGUUCCCUCCGACCGCCGAUUUCUCGGCCCGCGGAGGGUGAAAAAAUCGCCAAUUCAAACACAACUGUCAGGGGUGAUACGGCCAAAGCCGUACACUGUAGAGAACGCAUUUUCCUUCCGCUUUCUCGACUAUAAGUUAUUUUCUCGCGCAUUUUCUCUCAUUUUCUCAGUCGUCCUCCUUCUUCGUGUCUUUCACUCUGCGGAAAGGCGCUAGUCUCUCUCUGCAGAGAAAGAACACAAGAGAAGAAGAAAGAGCUUCCAGCAAGCUCCCAACUAAGCUCCUCAUCCAUGGAAAAAUCGUCGCGUUCUCACCACAGACGCCACUCUUCCUCUGCUGCAACUCUUUCCAAGAAGAAUCUCUCCAAAGUUCACAGCUUCGCCGGAAGAACAGCGUACGACGACGUCUUCGCCGGCACAGCGAAGUCCCGAGCUGCAAAUUUUUCCUCCCGAGCCGAAGACUACAAUGAGAUUUUCAAUAGCUCUAAAGCUUCGCGUGGUUCCUCGAUUCCGGUUCUAGAUCUUUCGACUCUCAAAGAAAGAGGUGGUCCGGGUCGCGUCCGUAGCUCCGAAAUUGAUUACGCGAAGAUUUUUGGAGGUUUUAAGGAUGCCGAUUUUGCUGUAUCGUAUGAGGAAUUGUUUGCUGGACCUAAGGGGGGAGAGAGUUCCUGCGAUGAAGCCUGGACUCCUGCUGAAACAGGAUCUCUUUCAGAAGAUUCGGAUUCUUUUAAUUGCAUGGAAGAUAAUCAGGUGCAUUCAUUUGAAGUAUCUCAUCAACUAUUCGAUGCCAAGAAGCAAUUCAACAUGUUGUAUCAUAAAACUAACCAAACAAACAGAGAGGGUGCAAAUGGGACAACUUACAUAGCCCAACUGAAUGCUGUUCCUGGAUUUACUUGUGUUAUUGAUGAAGACACUCCUUUAAGAAGGACUGAUGGCAACAAUGCAGUACCCCUGAAAAUAAAUGAUGCAGCUCUUAACAUGACUUCAUGCAAGGAAAUGAAAGGAAAACAUUGCAAGAAGGCAGCGCCACAUUUUCCGGAUGACAGUGCUAACAAACCAACUUCUGGAAGUGAUGUGAAAUUUCAGAAUGGUUCUGGCUCGAAUGGAUUCUCAUUACACAAUACAAAUGAAAUUAGCUUGAAAAAGCAUCCCAAUAAAGUGCCAUCAGUAUCAAAUAUAUCACUGAAUUUUGGUAAUAGUGAAGAUUAUUCCAAGAGGUCAAUGCGUUCAAAUUUUGAGGGUGAUGCUUCUGAGGGUUCAGCAGGUAGUUGUUCCCCGCCUUUUCUUGACGAGGAAAUAGAUGCAAAUUCAGCUGCAGCCGCCUCUGCUGCUGCUGUAAAGAAAGCAAUUGUGGAGGCUCAAGCAAGGAUAAGAGUUUUGAAGGAAUCAAUGAAAAGAAAGAAUGAAGGUCUUGAAGGUUCUGUCAAGUUCCGUUUUAAGGACGACUUGAAGGUAAAGGAGAAAAGGGAGGGUAAAAUUUCUGAUAGAACACAGAGGCUUGAUGAGAAAGGGGAGGGUGAAAUUGCUGAUAGAGGAAAUAUAUUCAACCAGAAGAAGCCUCAAGAAACAUGCGAGAAAGUAGACAUUGCAAUGCAAUCCUUUGCUGGAAUAGGAAUGCAAAAUGCAAGGAAAAUGAACAGAGUAACUCCAGUUUCCAAAGACAAUGAGGUGCUUUUCAUUUCGAGGGAAGCUUCAGGAGGAACACAUGGCAAGAAAUGUGGACCGAUUCUGGAAGAUCCGGGAAAGGAUGGAACAGAAGAAAGGGAAGCAGCAAAACAGUUUCAUGAAUUUGAAAACAUUAGUAAAUACAAAGCAACCACCUUUGUUUCUGUGCAGGCUGACAAUCAGAAGCAAAUGAUGCAAUCUAUGAACGACUAUGAGCCGGAGAAAAAAUUACCUGAAAAUGGUGGGAAAUUGCAAGCAGCUGCAGAAGCUUGUGAACAGGAAAAAAUAGAGAAGAGGCUGCAUGCAGUGCAAAGGGCACAAGAGUGGGAGAAAAUACCUGAUACAACCAUCAAGCAGUGGGUGGAAAAUGGCAGUAAAUUGCAAGCAGCUGCAGAAGCUUGUGAACAGGAGGGAAUUGAGAAGAGGCUGCAUGAAGUGCAAAGGGCACAAGAAUGGGAGAAGAAAAUAGCUGAUACAACCAUCAUGCAGCCAGUGGAAAAUGGCGGGAAAUUGCAAGCAGCUGCAGAAGCUCAUGAACAUGAGGAAAUGGAGAAGAUGCUGCAUGGAGUGCAAAGGGCACAAGACUUGGGAAAGAGAACACCUGAUGUAACCUUCAAGCAGCCAGUGAAAACUGGCAGGAAAUUGAAAGAAGCUGCAGAAAUUUGUGAAUGGGAGGAAAUAGAGAAGAGGCUUCAUGUACCGCAAAGGACACAAGACUGGGAAGAAUUUGAGAAGAACUUAAAUUCAGCAUCUGCAAUCGAUGAGCAUCUAGAAGAUAAAUCAAGCGUUUUCUCAGAGCAGGAAAAACUUGAGGAGGAACAAACAGCAUCCCAUGAAAGGGAAAAGUCUGACAAGGAGCUAGAAGAAUACCAUGAGGCACUAGAAGACGUGAUAGAACUUGAGGUUCAAGAGUUGGAGGAUGAAAGUGAAAGCAGAUUAGCUUGGGAACAGGUAGAAAAUGGGAAGACAGUGGAAGCUGCUCGUGAAGAAGAGGUAAACGAAAGGAGAUUAAAAGAAGUUCGUGAACAGGAAGAACAAGAGAAGAAACUAAAAGAUAUGUGUGAUCAAAAAGAAAAAGAGAAGGAACUUAAAGAGGCUUUUGAGUGGCAAGAAGAAUGCGAUGAAAAACUACAAGAGGAUUAUGAGUGGGAAGAAAACUGUUACAGCUGUGAGGGAGAAGACGAUGAUGAAAGGUUUGAUGAGGUUCAUCAACAGUAUUUGGAUGAGGGACUGAAUGUUUCUUGUGAUGAGGAGGAAAAUGAGGAGAGGCUAGAUGAAGAUUGUGGGUACGAAAGGAAUGCAAAGCUUAAAGACCCUCAAAAGCUGGAAGAGUGUGACAAGAUGUCAGAAGAGGCUCAUUUGAUAGAAGAAAAUGACAAGGGGCUAAGAGAGGAAUCUCAGGAAUGGGAAGAAACAAAUGGGAUGUGGAUAGAUUCUACUCUUGGUGAAGAAGAGGAGGAAAGGAUAAACGCAGUUCAAGAAGCUACUAAGCACGAGGAGAAGACUAUUAAGGCAGAUAUUGAUGCUUUCAAACAGGAUGAACUUAAGAAUGUAAAUGGCACUCAAGAAGCAUGUACAGAUAGAGAAACUGGUAGUGAUGGAGAAACAACUUGUGAGACUGUAGCACAUGAUGAGGUUGGGAGUAUAGUAAAAAUAAUGAGAAUUUCCUGUGAACUGGAAAAUUAUGAGGAUUUUAAAGUUGUUAAAGUGCCUAAUGUGGUGGGUGAAAGAGAUGAAAGGGAACUAUUCGAAAGAGUUGGCUUGGCUCAAUGUGCCUUUAUAUGUGAUGAGAUCAAGAACAAUGUGAAUGGAGCAUCCGAUGCCCCUCUUUUUGAUGGGACAGAUUUAGGAGAAACCAGCAUGAACUUUGCAGGUGAAGAAAGUGACUGGGAUGAAAACCAACAUAAACCUGCGUGCGAUCUUGGACAAGAUACUGAAACAUUUGCUCAUGAAUUUGGGGAUGAUGCUGAGGAUAUUAAGGAGGCUGAGAUUGCCUUUGAAGAGGAAGUAGACAACAAUGAUUUCAAAGCAGCUGAUGGGAAAGUGUUUGAAAAUGAGAAGACUUCUGACUCAACUCAACUACCUUGUAUGUUUGAAGGGGAUGGAGUCUUCGAAAAAGCUGAGGAGAUCAAAAGAAGCCAAAAUCCCGAGAAAGGUGAGAAGGAAUUUAAUGAAACCCCUAUAGUGGAAGAGAGGGAAACCCUAAAAACUUCACAAAAAGAAGUGGGGCUGGAGGAGGGAUGUGUUAGAAAAUUGGAUGAGGAAAAAGCAAGGGAAAGGAAAAGGGAAAAAGAUAGAAUAGCUGUUGAAAGAGCAAUCCGUGAAGCCCGUGAAAGGGCAUAUGCCGAAGCCCGAGAAAGGGCAGAAAGGGCUGCUGUGGAGAGAGUGACUGCUGAAGCUCGACAAAGAGUAAUGGCUGAGGCUCAAGAAAGAUUAGAAAAGGCUUCUGCAGAGGCCAAAUUAUCAACUGAAAAGGCUUCUGUGGAAGCCAAACUGAGGGCAGAACGUGCUGCAGUGGAGAGAGCCACUGCAGAGGCCCGAGAACGUGCCCUAAAAAAAGCAUUGUCUGGGAAGGCAACCUUUGAUGCAAGAGAGUUGGCAGAUAGGUCUGCCUCUGAGAAGUUUUCUGGUGCCUACAGGGAUAAUGGAAUGAGGCGAAGUUUUUCUUCCGCUGACUCUUUUCAAGGUUCUGGUCCUUCCAGCAGUUCAAAAUAUUCAAAUUCUUCAAAUCAUGGUGUUCCCUAUACUGCUGAGAGAUUUGAUGAAAUGAAAGGUGAAUCUGCACAGAGGUGUCAAGCUAAGCUAGAGAGGCAUCAACGGACAGCGGAACGUGCGGCAAAAGCUCUUGCAGAGAAGAAUAUGCGUGAUCUUCUUGCUCAGAAAGAGCAAGCAGAGAGAAACAGAUUAGCAGAAGCCUUGGAUGCCGACGUCAAAAGGUGGUCAAGCGGGAAGCAUGGGAACUUGCGUGCAUUGCUUUCAACACUACAAUAUAUCCUUGGACCUGAUAGCAGUUGGCAACCAAUACCCCUAACGGAUAUAGUGACAACCAGUGCCGUGAAGAAGGCUUAUCGGAAAGCUACUCUCUGUGUACAUCCUGACAAGUUGCAGCAGCGAGGAGCAAGCAUUCAGCAGAAGUACAUCUGUGAGAAGGUUUUUGAUCUUCUAAAGGAUGCUUGGAACAAGUUCAACUCAGAAGAGCGGUAGAAGAUGGAUGCCCUUGCACUUCCUGCAGGCAGCCAGGCAGGCAUGGUGCACAUCUGUUGAUCUCAGAGACAGGGCAGUAAAUACAUUUUAGGCAAACAAUCUGUAUGAAUCCAUCAGUCUUGCAUUUUCCAAGAGCAAAAGCUGUACUAACUCGUGGAACCUGCUAUCCACUGAAUGUUCAUUUCAAUAGGAAAAGCCAAUGAAAAUUCAUUCCAUUCAA